AUGGAGCAGGACUCUGAGCACGAGGAGUAUGACAAAAAGUAUGAGGCAGGAACCUUAGAAGUCGCGAGGUCUUUGUCGCCUGUUGGCAGAGACCAACAGCCCUCUGAAACCCCAAAUCAGUUGGUUUCGGCGUCUUUUACCCCCUCUUUGCACUUUACACUCCUGGACGAGGACAAUGCAACCGACAAUGCCGUCGUGAGUGAAAACAACAUCUCGUCGCCCUCUGACAGUGCCGCAUACGGACGACAACAAUUCAGCCCGUUUUUUGACUUGGUGUCGUCGGGAUUGCCCAACAAGAAGACUAAAAGCCUUCGGGCAACAGGUGACGCAAGAAACCCUCAGGAAUCAUCUGGAUACACCCAGCCCUCAAUCAAUUCCAGCGCUCGACCCCUCCCCAUCUCAAGCGAAUCGAUGGACAGUACCAAUUCUGUCCCUUUUGCACCCCCACCUCCAUCCACACCUUCACUCUGGAGAAAGUUCAGGAACCAACUCUCAAAUCGUGUCCUGAAACGUCAUCUCCGCUUCAUGGUCGCAUUGUACCUCUCCUCUUCCCUGACGUUGAUCCGUCCAGUCGCCAACUUCUUGGGACCCAUGCCCUUUCUGGCAAAUAUUACUGUCGUCUUCAUGCACCCGGCCCGGACUGUGGGUUCUCAACUGGAGGUGACCCUAUUUAGCGUGAUUGGUGCGAUCAUUGCAACAGCCUGGAUUAUUCCCUGUCAAGUUUCGGUGGCCGCCUACAACCAACAGUUUUUCGCAAAGCAUGGAGCACUUGAAGCGGAUGGACAUGUCUCGUGGGCAAUUGAGGCGGCAUGGUUCUUUGUGGGGAUCUGGAUCAUGACGACGUUGAAGGCGCGGUAUGCAAAGCUGACCUGCACGUUCCUGAUCUUUACGAUUGCCAACAUAUUUGGGUACAGCAAGACGAAUGACAAUGUCAAGUUUAAUAUUCAUGCGUACUGGGCAUUGAUUGGACCUAUAAUGAUUGGGGUUGGGAUCUGCUUGAUCGUCAGUAUUGUGUUCUGGCCCGAGACUGCCAGUGAAGGACUUGGCCGUGCAUUGAGUGAAUCGCUUGACACAUCACGAGUGCUCCUGAACCUCAGCACACGAUCCUUCCUACUCAACCACAAAACCAUCGCUCUCCCAAAGUCCGUCAUUGAGAACGCACAGACAGAGGUCAGGAACGCACAAAAGAAACUAUUCACAGCGUAUCGGGAGGCUCGGUAUGAGGUAACCUUUGCGACGACGGACCCAGCUGAUUACAAGGAGGUUCGUGUGGUAGUCUCGGCGCUGAUGCGCCAUUUAGGAUCGAUGAGUCUUGUGGUCCAGAACGAGCGGUUGUUGAUGCUGGGCCAUCCAGAUCGAGAGAUUGAUGACCUGGAAACGGAGAGUGGCGAUGGCCAGGACACGACAAGUAGUGACGACCGUAGUACUGGCGGGAAUGACAGCGACGAUGGGAGUGAUGGAGAUAUCGCGAGCGAUUCAAUGACUGGAGGUGGUCGUGGAGGCCGUAGCGGUGACAUGAAGUACAAACGAGGGAGUGCAGUAGAGCUGCGAAGAAUCCGGCAACUCCUCAUACGAGCAGAAAAGUCGACAGACGCGGUCUUACAGGCCCGCAAAUCGCAGGAAACUGAUGAAUGGCGGAAGAGAGACGCGCGAUCGCAAAGUCUUGGGGAUUACGUUCGUGAGUCGGCUACAACUCCAUCGAGUCCAAGAGGAACAGGAGGUAGCGUUGGAGGUGGACGUAGUGCAGGCGCUUUCGAGAGGGUUUCUAAGUCUCGUUUGUCAACUGGCACUGGUGGGAGCUCUAAUUCCCCGGGUCAGUUGCCCAUCGCCGCUCCCAUUAUACGGUCAUCGGUCUCAUUGCCAUAUCUUAGAGGUGACCAAGGCUCAUGCCGUUCAAGCUCAGUGGACAGUGAUCGCAUCGACAACCUGCUGAAAGGAUCUGACAGCCUAUUUUCUGGAGUUUCGACUGCGAUAUUCAAACCACGUCGCUCCUCAUUUCACCAAAAGUCCAGUUCCGGGAAGGACAAUCGUCAACUGAAGCGGAAAGGGUCGGGAAACGUGGAAGCAUUGAAUGCUCGGUCAGGACCCGGUGGGGGAGCAGGAAUCUCACCAGAAUCAGGAUUACCGUUACCAUCAUCAGGAGCGGAAGUUUCAGGCGCACACGGAGAUGGAGGCGCGGGGGUUGGCUCUAGCAAUGGUGGCUUCCUUGAGAAACUACAGGUCCGCCACGGCGCAUCAGGGUCAAUGUCGGAAUACCAGGUUAACAAGGCCGCCAAAGCGUUUGCGGCCAAGAUGAAGGAGAAGAAGUGGUCUCGCAAGCAGGUUGAGCGCAGAGCCAAGGUGGAACACAAACGAUGGGCGAAGCAGGAACGGGAGGACGAUGCAGCCAAGGACGUCCCACCCAAGGAGGUCGCAUUUGGCGAUCGAAAGCUGUUUUUAUCUUUCUUGGACACUGUACGAGAGCCCUUGCAGAGACUGAGCGACUCUUGUUCGAGAUCGAUGGCCACGAUGGAGCGGGAGCUUGUCAUGGAGUUGAAUGUGGAGAGGGACAGGAUGGAGCGUAUUAUGAAGAGGAAAUCUCACGGGGAUGCGAUUGUUCGACGAGCAGCGUUAGACCCAUCAACACAUAAUGCUGGCAAUGAUGAUGCGAGAAACGAGACCCCGCGCUCCUUUUGGCAGCGAGUUCUAUUCAAGAUCGGGAUAUCCACAGAUCUGACGCGGAACGAACUGGAUUUUGUGGAUGUGGUCAGGAGUACGAGAGACAUGGAGAAGAAGCGCAGGGUGUCGAAGUCAGGGAUACCCGCAAACAGCAUCCACCCCAGGAAAUUCCAACUAUCAAACGCGGGCGUACUUUCUGGAAGUGGCAUUGAAGAGGAUGAGGGCGACGCACCUCUUCCUGGCGACAUGUCGUAUGUGCAGUACCUGACUCAAGAGCUCGAGAUUUUUGACCAAGCCGAGGCAGCUGGACUCCGAGGAUUCAUCGCCAGCCACCCAACCCUGGACGUCGGUCCCAGGGAGGAAAUCUUCCUCAUCUUCUUUUUCAUCUUUGCACUUCGCGAGAUUGGACGGGAGCUGCUACGACUCGGGAUGCACCUGGAGGAGAUGAAGCGCAAACAGGAGCUGCAGAUGGAGUUGGACGGGCGCAAUAAGCCGAAAAAGCGACUCUGGUGGCCUAAAGUGAUUGGCAACUUUGAGCACUGGUUCGCCUGGGGAAGUUACUCCCAAGCUCGAGCUAGCGAGGGCUUUUCGGGUUUGGUGAUGAGGUCGACCAGGAACCCUGAGCGCCGGGAACCUCGACUGUUUGCGGAGGAAAAAGCUCACGUGGUGAUUAAGGCGGCGAAGGCAGCAGAGCGGGAAGCGAAGCGAGUCGCGGCAGAGAAUGCUAGAAGAGAGGAGCUGGAAAAACGGGAUAGGGUGCGACAAAGUCGAAACUCUGAGACGUGGGAUGCUCCCUGGCCGAGGAGGUCCAUGACCAUGUCCGCCAUCUUUACAAGACCAGCAGGGCAUUCCGGAGAUCUGGAAGGGGACGGAGGCGACUCGACUCAAUUUGCUCCGCAACCCGGAAGAUUCGCCCUGACGACGAAUCGUCAUGCACGAGCACGAACGCUUCUGCCAUUCAAUGCCAGAACUGGUGGUCAUUCAACGGACGCGCGGCAGCCAGUUAUACCCGUACACCCACUUUCACUUGACCGGAGCGGAAGUGCAUUGGAGGUGGUGGGUUCUCAGGAUGAUUCAACUGCGGAAGGGGCUGAAACCCGCCAGCGAGGACAAUACACCGUCGUCGACAUACCUAGCCAUCAUUCGCUACAUCGGCGCCCUUCUACCGAUAACGGCUCGAGCGAUAUGCACCUAACAAGUACACUUUCACCCAAGGUCGCUACCAUUCGGUCACACCUCUCCGCCUCACCAAAAAUUCAUCCACUGGACAGGAUCCCCCAGACAACGCAUGUUACAGGAACAGCAGCUUCUCCAUCACGUUCCAAGAACCGGGUCGCAGAACCUCAUCCAUCAUCCCAGCACCGGCCUAGCCGAGUGCCGCUUCGCAAGGUGACAUAUACAGAUCAGAACGACGAUGGCGACGACAGCGAGGUCAGUAGUUUUGAGCAAGAGGCAGUCAGGGGGUAUGAGAUACAGUCGCCAAGGAAACGAACUCAGAGCGCAUUCGCCGACUUCACGCGCCGACAUCCAAAGGAAGGUUCUAGACUGGACGAAAAAUAUCAGAAGAAGAGGCACCGAUCAGCAGCAUCGGCACCACUCCCUCUACCAUCACCGCCGGCAUUUGUGAACAUGCCCAAACCAAAGUCCUUGCGGUUCCGGGUCUGGGAGUUCUUGCAAGAGUUCAAAUCGGAUGAAGUUCGGUAUGGGUUGAAGAUGGCAACGGCAUUGACAUUUGUUGGACUUUGGGCUUGGCUUGGGUGGACGUAUACGCUGCUGGCGACGGACAGGGGACAGUGGGUGAUGAUGACGAUCGUCGCGGUGUUGUCACCGACGAUUGGGGCAACGUUUAGUGUCUGUGCCUGGCGCGUUGGUGGUACUCUGGUCGGAAUCCUGUGGGCCAUGUUGACCUAUCUGGCCUAUCCCAAGAACCCCUUUGUCAUCUUGGCCAUGAUGCCAUUCAUCACGUUCACGGGGGCGUAUUGUAUCUUGAUUUCGACACAUCCGACCAUGGGGGUCAUCAUGAUGCUCUCGUACAACUCGAUCGUGUUUGGGCUAUACCAUGGGCGGACAGAGGACAACAUCUUCGAGACCUCCUACAAGGUCGCCGUCACCAUGAUCAUCGGCAUCUUAAUCUCUGUCAUACUCAACACAUUCCUGUGGCCGGUCCUUGCGCGUCGGGGGCUGAGAAAAGAGAUUGCUUUGUUGAUUGGUCGACAAGGCGUGUUGUUCGCGGAACUGGUCAAUAGAUACUUCCUGGAGGAGUCGACGCCGAGAGGAAGACAGCUUUUGGAGCGCCAAGCUGACAUUGACAAUGAGAAGGCUAGCAGCUAUUCGGAUGGGUCAUCAAAGGAUCAGGAGGAUACUAAGCAUGAAGCGGAAGAUGAAAGAAGUUCUAAUAUGGAGAGUCGAGACCCCUUGAGCAUGGGGUCCAAGUCGGUCACAGGAAGCGGCAGGAAAGUCUCAACACGAUAUGUAAUUGAUCCUUCGCAACGACAGGAUGAGCAACUUCAUCGACCAGGUGAAGGGCUUUCGGAUGGAGACAGCCAUCAAGAAGAGUACUAUUUGGAUGCGGAUCAGUUGGCGUUUCAGCACGUAGAGCACCAGUUGCAGACAAAGAUGAUCAAGAUACGUCAAUUGUUGGAUCUUUCUGCCUCGGAACCCCGGCUGAAGGAGGACUUUCCUGGAAAGUUGUAUAAGCAGAUUGUUCAGUGCUGCCAGAACAUUCUCGACAGAAUGGUCUCGAUGCGCAUGGCUGCUCAGUUGCUGUCGACUGAGGUUCGCAACCUGGUCACUGGGCCUAUGAACUAUUACCGUCGCGAUAUGGUUGGCACUCUAUUGCUGUACUUUAGUGUACUGUCGUCCUCACUGGCCUCCAAGACCGCAUUGCCGCCUUAUUUGCCAUCGGCGAGGAUGGCCCGCUUGAGGGUCAUCUACAAUGUCAGGCAAGCCAUUGCGGCUCGCCAGGCAAAGACAGGCGAGGACCAUUACACCUACAUCUACUACUAUGCUUUUUCAUCCGCCUUGGAAGAAGUCAUCGAGGAGCUUGAGCUACUGGCGAUCUUGAUCAAACCGUUGGUGGGAGUAACAUUGGUCAGUUCCGGCGGAGGAUACCCUUGUGGGUUCGCGACAGACAAACUCAGUCUUGAAUCGGCGAUUCCUCCUAUGCAAAUACCAGUGCCGCCACUACAACCCGGUCGCACAGUAUUCCUUACAGAUGAUGGAUCGGAUCUUCGCCUUGGUCUAGGAACAGGUAUUAUGCAGGUUCCUGGUCCUAGUACUGGAUAUCUCGAUUUGUCCGCUGUCACCUCAGAACAGGCGCAGUUGGAACAGCAUAUACAGCUGCAGCAGAUCGAGUUGCAGCGACAGCAGCAGUUACAAGGAGUUCGUCCGAAUUCGGUCUUACCUGGAGAUAGUCUUCAACCAGGAGGAGCAACAGCACAUACCAUGAUCACAGGAGUUACAGAAUUACCACCAUCGUCACAGCAGCAGCAAGAACAGCAGCGUCACCACCGUCGUUGCCGACAACCGGGUCUGAGAGUGACUCCGAUAUUGACACAGCCAUUCGCCUCGGGCAAUAAAUCUUCGGUGGGGUCACCCGUUGUGAUCAUGGACCCGACACUUCUCGACAACCGACAUGCACAGCGUUUCAAAGAAGCGGCUGAAACCGCCAACGAAGUCAGUUCAGUCACGUCAUCGCCUGUGUCAAGAUCGACGUCGCCUAGGAAAAAGAUUAAUGAGCGCUCGCCUUUGAUCAAAGAAGUGCUUUUGCCAGGGAGGCAUCAUCGUCGACUAGCGGACGAUGAUACGCCCAAUUCGCCUUAUCGGAUUGUGCCGCAACGGACGCCAUUGGUCGUUGAAUCAAAGGAAACAGGAAUUGAACCAGCCAAAGAGGCCGUGGAUAUGGCGCUGAGGCCGCAGAAUGGGCUAGGACUCGCACUCAGUAGUGAUAUCCCACCACAUCCUGUUGAACUUUCUUCAAAGGAAGAGGUUCAUCCUUUUGAUUUGAAAUAA